UUUGAGCUAUUCAAUCAAACAUGGCUUCCAGCAAGAAGCUCAUUCUCCUCUUAGUGUUGGCCUUCCUCUCCUUCGAAGCAGUGGUAUCAGCAGUAGUGACACCACUGCAAUUCCCACACCCACUUGACCCUCUAACCAAAGAAGAAAUAACUACAGUCCAAACCAUAGUCCGAACCAAGUACCCAACCUCCAAGAACAGCCUUACCUUCCACUACAUUGGCCUUGAUGACCCUGACAAAACUUCUGUUCUCACAUGGGAACACUCGAUGCCUGGAGCCAUAACCAUCCCUCGCAAAUCCUUCGCGAUUGUCAUUAUCAACGGUGAGACCCACGAGAUCCUUAUUGAUCUGACGCCGAAGAUCAUCCUCUCCGACAAGAUUCACACUGGCCAUGGCUUCCCAACGCUGAGCGUUGAGGAGCAGACUGCCGCCAUACUGCUUCCGCUGAGUCACGAGCCCUUCAAAGAGUCGAUCAAGAAGAGAGGACUCAACCUCUCUGAGGUGGUCUGCUCUACCUUCACCGUCGGAUGGUACGGCGAGGCCAACAGCAAGAGAUCCCUCAGGGUCGAUUGCUUCAUGAAGGAAACCACCGUCAACAUAUAUGUCCGCCCUAUCAGCGAGCUCUAUAUACUCGUUGACCUUGACCUCAUGAAGAUCGUUGAGUACCAUGACAGAGCCACUCGCCCUGUUCCCACCGCCGACAACACCGAUUAUCGCUUCUCUAACCAGCAACCACCCUUCGGUCCCAAGCAACACAGCCUUGCCUCUCAUCAACCUCAAGGUCCUGGCUUCCAGAUCAAGGGUCACUCUAUUAGCUGGGCGAACUGGAAGUUCCACAUAGGAUUUGAUUCACGAGCGGGAGUAGUGUUGUCGCUGGCAUCGAUCUACGAUUUGGAGAAGCACAAGUCAAGGAGAGUGAUGUACAGAGGGUUCAUCUCAGAGCUGUUUGUGCCCUACCAAGACCCAUCGGAGGAUUGGUACUUCAAGACAUUCUUCGACGCCGGCGAGUUUGGGUUCGGACUGUCAACAGUGUCCAUGCAGCCCAACCGUGACUGCCCUUCUCAUGCUCAGUUCUUGGAUGUGUUCGUGCACACAAAUGACGGCAGCCCAAGCUUGUUGAAGAACGCUAUCUGUGUUUUUGAACAAUACGGCGACAUCAUGUGGCGUCACACUGAAACUGGCAUCCCUAAUGAAACAAUCCUAGAAUCCAGGAGUGAGGUGAACUUGAUUGUAAGAAGCGUGGUCACUGUGGGUAACUACGACAACAUCAUUGAUUGGCAGUUCAAAGCCAGUGGCUCCAUCAAACCUGCGAUCGCACUGUCGGGUAUAUUGGAAAUCAAGCCAGUGGAGGCUAAGCACAAGAGCGAGAUUAAGAUAGACGAACACGGAACACUGGUGUCAGCAAACAGCGUGGGAAUAUACCACGACCACUUCUACAUUUACCAUCUUGACCUUGACAUCGACGGCGUGGAGAACUCUUUUGAGCAGACCAGCUUGAAGACGGUUAGAGUAACAGACGGAAGCUCCAAGAGAAAGAGUUAUUGGACCGUUGAGACCAAAACUGCCAACACCGAAUCGGACGGCAAGAUCACCAUCGGUAUGGCCCCUGCUGAGCUGGCAGUUGUGAACCCUAACAAGAAGACGGCAGUCGGAAAUGACGUGGGGUACCGUCUGAUUCCGGGAACGACAGCUCAUCCCCUUCUGACGGAGGAUGACUACCCACAAAUCAGAGGCGCUUUCACAAACCACAAUGUUUGGGUCACUCCCUACAACAUAUCCCAGAAGUGGGCCGGUGGACUCUACGUUGACCAGAGCCGCGGAGAGGACACCUUGGCUGUUUGGACCCAACAGAAUAGAAAUAUUAAGAACACGGACAUUGUGUUGUGGCACGUAGUGGGAAUUCAUCACGUUCCGGCUCAAGAAGACUUCCCAAUAAUGCCAUUGUUGAGCACUGGAUUUGAGUUGAGGCCAACCAAUUUCUUUGAGAGGAAUCCGGUUCUUAAGACCCUCUCUCCCAACGAUCUUACAUGGCCUGGCUGCCCCAAGUAGAUGAACAAGCACACGCCAAUUGAAGACCUCAAUUACCCUGCUGUAUACAUAUAUUUAUUUUGUUGUAAUUGAGAUGUCGUUUUAUUAUAUUGUAUUCUCCCACUUGCCAGUAUUGCUUAUUCAAUGAAAAUCUGAAUAAUUUAUUGGCUUAUUCAAUGAAAAUCUGAAUAAUUUAUUGGCUUAUUGCAA